AUGGAUGACGAGUUAAAUAUUACAUACAUAACUCUUAGCGGGUAUGUGGAAGUUAAUAAAUACAGAUAUGUUUAUUUUUUGAUUAUGUUUACAAUAUAUAUUCUAAUAAUCUGCUUUAAUUCUACUAUUGUGUACCUGAUCGUGAUUCACAAGAACCUCCAUGAACCUAUGUACAUUUUCAUUGCGGCUUUGCUUCUGAACUGUGUUCUUUACAGCACUACUAUCUACCCAAAACUUCUAAUUGAUUUUAUAUCAGAAAAACAGAUUAUAUCUUAUUCAGCCUGCAUCUUUCAGUUUUUUAUAUUUUACUUUUUAGGCAGUACAGAGUUCUUACUGUUGUCAGCCAUGGCCUAUGACAGGUAUGUAUCUAUAUGUAAACCUCUGCAAUAUCCAACUAUCAUGACAAAAAACACUAUUGUUGUUUUCCUGGUUUUAGGUUGGCUUAUACCUGCUUGCCAUAUUGCAGUCCCAGCAAUAGUCAGUGCUAAAACUAAACUGUGUAACUUUACUUUAAAGGGAAUAUUUUGCAACAAUUCAAUUUACAGACUUCAAUGUGUACGAUCAAGUUUGAUUACUACAUAUGGUGUUAUCGCUUUAUUAGAUCUUGUAAUAUUCCCUAUGCUCUUUAUAAUUUUCACCUAUACAAAGAUACUCAUAAUAUCUUAUCGAAGUUGUAAAGAAGUCAGGAAAAAAGCUGCAGAGACCUGUUUACCUCACCUGUUGGUUUUAAUCAGUUUCUCCUUUUUGAGUGCAUAUGAUGUCAGUGUAGCUCGAGUGGAAUCCAACUUUUCAAAAACUGCUCGAUUAAUAAUGACUCUACAAAUAGUUUUGUAUCAUCCUUUGUUUAAUCCACUCAUAUACGGGCUCAAAAUGAAAGAAAUUUCUAAGCACCUCAAAAGGUUGUUUUGUCCAGCCAAAAUCAACUGA